AUGGUUGGAAUCGGGUCGCGUAUGUCUAUUGGGACGCAGGACUCUGGUGGCCCGGGAAGCCGGCCGUCCAGCAAGGAUGGCAACAAGAAGAAUAUCUGGUCUUCCAUGUUGGAUAGCGUGGCUAGUGGGAAGAGAUUGCCAGAGAAGAAUAUGAUCGUGCUCGGAGGCACACCCGACAGUCAAAGAGAAUUUCUGGACACCCUAUCUUCGGAUCCCUCAGAUCCACGUUUACCAGACGAGAGGAGAAGAGGAAAAGUGGCACCCAUUGCAAAUGAGUUUGCUCUGGGUUAUACGUACCAAGAUGUCCUCGAUGCCGAUCAUGAAGAUAUCCUUGCACGAGUCUCGAUAUAUCUCCUGUCCGACCCAUCUCCAUCCUUUGCACCACUCUUACGCCCGCUUCUUACACCACAGUCCGUUCCGGAAACGCUCAUCGUAAUACUCCUCGACUGGUCUUCACCGUGGACCUGGGUCCGACAACUGCGAGAAUGGAUUCGACUUUUGAGAUCUGUAUUGAUAUCGUUGGAGGAUUCGACUAAAAUAGUCAUGGAAGAAGUCAUGACGGAAUGGAAGGAUAAAAAGAGAGGAUUGGAUCCUAAUUCAGCAACGGGCGUCACGAACUCUGGAGGACCGGUGUCGAUACCUUUAGGACCAGGCGAAUGGGACGAGGGACUUGGAGUUCCUCUGUGUGUUGUCUGUCAAGGGGCGAAUAAAAUAGAACAACUGGAAAAAGAGAAUGGUUGGCGAGAAGAAGAGUUUGACUUUAUUCUCCAGUUUAUGAGGACCAUUCUUCUCAAGCACGGCGCUUCACUCAUUUACACCACACCUUUUCUCGCAAACUCUCUACAAAGCUUAGUUCAUUCGACCUUGGGUAUACACUCGCUCUUAAGAAGGCAAUCACUCAAACACAACGUCAUCGAUCGAGACAAGGUUCUCGUACCAGCAAAUUGGGAUUCAUGGGGCAAGAUUCGCAUUAUCCGCGAAGGAUUCGAUAUUGAGGGAGUCGGCGAUGCUUGGUCUAUCGAGAUUCAGCAAUCAACACGUCAUUUGGUAAAUGGCGGUAGCCAAGACGAAGACGCCGAGACGAAAAAUGCACCUAUAUCUCCUAUAGCAGAGGAUGGAACAAGCGCCGUUGCCAUUUACGAGCAGACCAUUAAAGAUCCUAAAGAAGACUCGGCUGUUCCGGGAAGCAGCGUCAGUGCCAACAGGAACAAAAUCGAGAUUGAGACGGAGGAUAUGCAGAAGUUCUUGGGUCAACAACUUACGAUGUUGGACCAGCUCAAGGCAGAAGACGAAAAGAAUCGAGAAGCUGAGAAAGCACCGAAGCCAUUGGAAAUGUCUCCUCAUCUUGACGAAUCCGGAUAUGUUAAUGAACAUAUAGGGCCUGUUCAGUUUAACAUGGGCGGUAUUCAAGUCGAUGCUGACGACAUGUUGAGGAAACUGAAGGAACGAGAGGCCAAUCGUACACCUAAGAAAGAAAUCACCUCAUCUACUGGACCAACCGACGAGAAAGCGCAAAACCAAGCACUCGCCAGCUUCUUUGCAGGUCUCGUCAAGAAACCCGGCGGCAGUCCGCGCAGCAGUCCUGCGCCUAGCUCUAAUCAAUAA